UGGUUGUCAAAGCAUACAUGGUUUAUUUAUUAAGUCAAAGCUAAAUCAUUUAAGGCAAAACAUAUCUUAAUUCCUUGUAUUUUGAUUGUUUAUUUAAAAGAUAUCUUAGGCCAUCAUUUAACCAUAAACACAAACAUUUUUGUGUUUAAGAUCCUAGUCAGUGCAACUGUGGCACACCCAAGUAGUUCACCAUAUAUAAAAAUGAAGAUACGGUUGACACGUGUAAUCAUUGACCAGUUUACAUGCAUGGCUCACACUAACUCUCCCCUCCAACUAGUAGUAUAAAUACAUCACCACUCAAACCAAUUCAAACAACAAGUAUUAAGUUAUCAAUAACACUUUCUCCAUACUUAUCUUCACUCCAUCACUACACAUAAUUACAGUUGCCAAUAAAUCUCCCGAUUUUCGCCGCAUCUGUCUCAAACACACAUAAAAAGGAGUAAAAGAGAGUAAGCAUGAAUAUUUCAUUCUCGGCCGCGUGCAAGCAAACGCAGCCGCCGAUGGUGAACUUCCCCGGUGGCCUGAUCAACAUCAUUCCCCGCCACCGGCGCAAGGAGAAGGUGGUGGUCGUAAUGGGCGCCACCGGGACCGGAAAAUCCCGGCUAUCGAUCGAGCUGGCUACCCGAUUCGACGCUGAAGUCAUCAACUCCGACAAAAUACAGGUUUUCAAGGGUCUCGACAUUGUGACAAACAAGGUGAAAGAGGAGGAAUGCGACGGAGUGCCGCACCACCUCCUCGGAUUCGUGGACCCCACAGCGGACUACUGGGCCCACGACUUCGUCCAACACGCCUCCGCCGCCGCCGACGACAUCACCAAGAGGGGCCGGAUGCCCAUCAUCGCCGGCGGCUCCAACUCCUUCAUCAAAGCGCUCAUCAGCGACGACCAUCACUUUCGGUCAAGGUACGACUGCUGCCUUCUGUGGGUCGACGUGGAGAAGCCUCAGCUCAACUCGUUCGUAUCGGCCCGAGUCGACCAGAUGGUCGACUCCGGCCUGGUGGAGGAGGCGCGCGAGUUCUUCGACCCCGCUGGAGACUACAGCCGCGGGAUCCGCCGCGCCAUAGGCGUGCCAGAGCUCGACGAGUACUUCAGGAGCGAGGGGAGCGCCUCCACCUCCGCCAAGGCGAAGAUUCUCAGCAGAGGAAUUGAUCAGAUAAAAUCCAACACCCAAAUCCUGGCCGCCCGCCAGCGUCAGAACAUUCAGCGGCUGCUGAAUAUUCUGCGGCUGGCGGAGCACCUUGAGUGGAGGAUGUACAGGCUCGACGCGACCGAGGUCUUCCGCAAGCGCGGCGAGGAGGCGGAGGAGGCGUGGCAGAGGCUGGUGGCGUGGCCCAGCACCAGUCUGGUCGGCCAGUUCUUGUGCGAUGACAAGAUGGACUUCGCCGGACAGCUGAUCCUGGGCCCCACAACCGCUGCCCCCGUUGUAGUAUGAUAUCAGCAACGGCGGUGGCGGCGGAGGAGGAGGUACUAGUAAAAAUACAAUAACGGUUGUGAGAUAGAUUGUGAUCACACAGCAGCGUAAGUGAAUCUUUUUUGAGAUCCACGUGGCAGUGUUGUGGGCCCGCCACGUGGACGAAGGGUGGAAUCUUGGCUUACCUUUUUUUUCUGUUCCUUAAAUUUCGUGACCUUCCAUUUUGCAAAGGUUGUUGUCUCUAUCUGUCAGUUUGAGAGGUCGGUCGUACGGUUGGAAAUCUUGGUGGAGAAUUUGCUGCUGAAAAGGGAAAAAAAAGAUGAAGAGCUGUUCACCUUUUGAUUUGUGAAAAUAUGAAAUAAAAUAAAUGCAGCGAGUGCAGAAUGGAGCAAACAGUAUACGGAAAAAGAGGGAGUGACUUAUUUAUUUUUUGGUUUAAUUCCUCCUAUUUUUUUCUAUGUUUUUUUCUAAUAAUUUGGGUUUUUGGGUAUCUUUAAUUAUGAUUGGUGUCUAUUUGUGUAAUCUAAGCUGCUUUGUAUAAUGAGCUGUGUUAUUCGAGGAUAUGACAACUUUGUGGUAUAUGUUUGCUAUAAAUAUAUAUGUAUAAGUUGAAUAUAUUCA